AUGAGAAGGAAAGGUGCCGUUGUUCCAUUGCUUUUGGCAUUGGUGGCAGUCGUGUGGAUUUUUCGAUCAGCUAACCAUGUGACGGUGUACGUGAUCACACCGACGUACUACCGACCAAACCAAAUAGCCGACUUAACCAGACUGUGCACGGUGUUCAAAGUUGCCGGCAACAUCCGAUGGCUUGUGGUUGAGGACGCCGAUCACAAAAGUGGGGUCCUAGCGAAGUUUCUGCAGCAUUGUGGAAUUCCGUAUGUCCACUUGAACGCCCCGACGACCCUCAGCAGCAAACGCAUUCGAGGCUCGAAUCAGCGGAACGAGGCACUGCGGUGGCUUCGGGCGAACAUUCGACCGAACCAGGAACGAGGCGUGGUGUACUUCGCUGAUGACGACAACACGUACCACCCGGAUCUGUUUGCAGAGAUGCGGACAUUGAGGAGAGGUGCAACGUGGCCGGUCGGUCUCAUUGCGAGUUCGGAAUGGGAGGGCUGCAUCACUGAGCCCGACGAUCGCAAUUCCAUCAAGACGUUCUGGAGUAACGUGAAGUACAAACGAACAUUCCCCAUCGACAUGGCCGGAUUCGCCGUUAGCCUGGACCUGGUGUUGCAAAAUCCGAAGGCCUUGUUCGACGACCAGACUCUCGGGAAGCAGGAGGGUCUGAUUUUGUCUGGACUGGGUUUCAAGGAUGCCUUUGAACUGGAACCGAAGGCUGACGGCUGCACGAGACUCCUAGUUUGGCACACCAAAUCGAAAGAGGCGAUUUUGAAGAUACCGGCACCACGCACAAUUCCUGACCUUUUCUGA